AUGAUAGACGUGAUCAGAAUAUUCAGCAAGGGAGGACUCAUCCUGUGGUCUUAUACCUUCUACGAAAUAGACGAUGUGACCAUACGAACCAUCGUGAAGCAAGUACUCAUAGAGGAGAAGUACGAGGACUUCUGCAAGAAAUACAAUAAAUUUCACGCCAAAUGGAAGCUACUUAACGAUGUAGAUGUUGUUAUCCUCAUUGUUUACCAAGGGAUACAGAAUUCUGCGUAUGUAGAGAAUUUAUUUUUAAAAAUUAAAAAAUCUUUUGUAAAACUCUUGCCCAAAAGUUUAGACUAUUUUGACUUGGACCUUCCCUUAAACUUCGACAAGCAGUUUUUGAAAAUCGUCGAGGAUGUGGAGGCCAUUUUAGCCUGCACGGGGGGGGGUGCUGACAGGCGUGGAAGCGUGGACGGACGGAGGGGAAGCAUAGAUGGAAGGAGAGGCGGCAUAGAUGGACGGAAAGGCGGUAUAGACGGACGGAAAGGCAGCAUAGGCGGACGACGAACCAGCGCAGACGCGAGAAACAGCAGUGAUAAAGCGAGGGACGAUCAUACGGAAGCUAGCGAAGACACAGGUGCGAGCGAACGUACAGAUGCGGACAGCUAUUCAGACAACAGCGACGGAAAUUAUGACGAAACGAAAGGGAAGAACAAACAUGGCGCACACAAAGUGGAAGUAGAAAAAUACAGAAAGCAGAGAAGCGACGAAGAUGACAAAACGCUGGAGGACGAUGAUCCGAGUGUAAAGCGAAAAAGUAAAACGAAGAAAAAAAGUGCAAGGGAAUGGGAAUUAAGCAAAAAGAUAACCAAAAGGGACAUUGAAAAAUUGGAUUAUUCAAAAAAUGAAAAGAACUCAACCGAUGUUUUCUCCUAUAAUAGUAAGAUAGAGGAAAAUGACAUAGAGUCAGUCUUACAAGGAGUUAAAAAUAAGUUACUCUCAAAAAAUGUCGCUUCAGAAAUAUGUGAUACGCUGAUUGAGAAAAUGAAGGGGAAUCUUAUUGGAAAGAAGAAAACUCUGUUCGCUAUGAAUGUCAAAAAAACUGUGUCCACUGUGCUGUCUGAGACUAUCCAAUCCAUACUGAUACCAAAAGAAUCCGUGGAUGUGCUGCGUGCAGCUUUGGAAGCAAAAUCGAUUGGGAAAUUAUACUCAAUUGUUUUCCUUGGCGUUAAUGGAGUUGGGAAGUCAACAAAUCUAGCCAAAGUUUGCUAUUACCUUAAGACGAAAGGAAACCUAAAAAUUAUGAUCGCCGCGUGCGAUACUUUUAGAGCCGGUGCAGUGGAACAGCUAAGAACCCAUGCCAAUUGCUUAGAUGUAUUCCUUUACGAAAAAGGAUAUGGAAAAGACGCAGCAGCUAUUGCGAAGGAAGCCAUUGCUUAUGCAAAGAAAGAAAAUUUCAACGUCAUACUGAUUGAUACUGCUGGCAGAAUGCAAGAUAAUGAACCCCUCAUGAGAUCGUUAGGGAAACUUAUCCUGAUCAACAAUCCUGAUUUUAUUUUAUUUGUUGGAGAAGCAUUAGUUGGUAAUGAUGCCAUCGAUCAACUGAAAAAGUUCAACCAAGCAUUAACGGAUGCUACGUGCAAUGCGAAUAAGAGGACCAUCGAUGGAAUCCUCCUCACCAAAUUUGACACCGUUGAUGACAAAGUGGGCACGGCCCUUUCCAUGGUAUACCUCACGGGAAAGCCCAUCGUUUUCGUCGGAAUCGGUCAGAAGUACACCCACUUGAAGAAGUUCAACGUUAAUAUGGUCGUCAAGGCGUUGAGCUAG